GCUAAGCGACCUGUGAGGAAUUACCCCACUGAAUAGGUUCUGGAUUUCCCGCUCGCUGUUUGGUGUUGGGUAAAUAAUAUAUUUGUUUGGUAGUUCUACCAACAAAAUCCUUCACUGAUACAUAGUUCGUGGCAUCGACAUCAUGUAUCCUUCGUCAAGGAUCUAGCAAGAGUUUGUCUAAUGUACGUGAUCCUUUAUUGUUGAAGGUUGGUGUUGGGUGCGAGCGAUCACCUGCUGAUGUGGCGUUGGUUAUUAGGAUUAAUCGUAUCCAGCGCGUAAGACCUCCUCUCCAUAUAGUCUUAGAAAAGUUGCGGUCAGAAUGACCCUCUCCUCACAGUGCAAGAGAUAUUUAACAAGUCCUUCAGGUUGAAAUCUCAUCCAGAUCGCCGCUUCCCUGUACGCACUGCUGAAUUCUUUGCUACGGGUAAAUUCAAGUCAAGGAAAGCUGAAGUUCCAAGGCAGAAGAAGAAGCUCCACAAAACUUCAACAUGCCAAAUUUAGGACAAGCAUAACUGGAAUGUCACUAUGGGACUAAGCCGCCAACGAUGUGUGUUUCUACGCCAUUGGUGAUGGUAUCACCAAGAAAAUUCCACGGAUUGUCAUCAUCAUCUACUGUCUUGCACUCGACAAAAUGUCGUUCGAACAAGUUUGUGCAACUGGCAACAAAUCGUUCGAUCUUUUACAUGAGCGAUUUCCGGUUAUCCGCGGUGAUUGUUGGUUCGCCCGGAGGCGAAGUGAUGUGAUCGAGUCAUCGGAUCUGACCCUGUGUCUGACUUGUUAAUAUGCUUUCUAAAAUAGGCAUACCUAUCAAAAUGUGUUCGACAUUCCUGGUGCAGUACAUACCGUGGAGGCUGUAAGCAAUUCUUCGUAUUUUCCACCAGCGCAUCCUUCCCGCAUUAUGAUGCGAUCUUUCCAAAUGGCAAUGAACCUUUGAUGUUUACCUGUUACGGGGUGGACAGUUUUUCCUUUUGAAAUAGCUCACACACGUUUUUUUUUUUAUUUCUGCGACUUGGUGCACGCUUGAUCGCACGUCACACUAUUCUGCACCUGAGUCGAUUUUGUGGCUUCCUCGCCGCGUGCACACAAUUUGGCGCAAGUUCAAGGCGAGAAGGGUCCGCGAUAUUGCUUUCCGCGUGUAGUCUAGAGCGACCACGUGUUUUGCAGCAAAUAGGAAGAUAAUUUCGACAUCAAACAAUCCCGUACAUGCUUCUCGUUAUUCCUGGCUCAUUUGUGUCUUCCCGAGCUCCCCGGUAAACCAGGAUACUACACGUAUCCGGAUCGGGUGUACUCCCGGCAUUCGUGUAAAUAAAACAAUGCUUCAACACUGCAGCAAUUUCCACCUCAGGCCAACAGUAGUAGUAUGGGUGUGUACAGGUGUGUGUAGUUUUUUUCUUCUAAAUUUAACGUACCUUUCGAUCCUCAUACGUCCGUAUGAUCCGUAUUCUCUAAACGCGAAACACUCCCACCGUUGACCAUCAUGCGCAUCGUUCGACCUCUAACGGCCUCCCAAAUCGACGCGCACGGACCGCGAAACACUGAUUUGUUUUUAAUGGUGUCUUGCUGGUGUUUCGGGCUGAUGAAUUUGAUGUACAUAAGGAACACCAUCAGCGCACACCAACACACCACCACCAGAAAGGAAGGUUGAUCAUGCGGGGGGCUGUGACUGUUUAUCCCCAGCGCUUGGGAAUGAUUAACCGUGCACUUGUGUGCCUAGCAAUAUCCAAAUGGUGUUGGUUUGUGGAUUGGUGGAUACCCCGAAAUCAGGCAAGUGCGCAAUUUUCAAACUGACAACGAGAGCACUUGCUGUGUAAAAUUGUUUACACACGACGACAACGACGGCUGGGUACAAAACAAACACACAACCGUGCCCGCGAAUAUGGCGAUCGAGAUAAAAAUACUCAAGAAUGACACAUAUCUGCUUUCCUUUGCUAUAAACGCGAAGGUAGGUGGGUUGGAUUUUUCGCAAUGAUUUCUGCACGUCCGGCCAAACGCCGGAGGAAAAUGCGCCAUUUCACGCGGAGGCAUUCAACUGUCGAAGAAAGCUGUACUUAACUGCAUUGCAAAUAAAAAGUCACGAAAAUGGCAUUGUGAAUGACAUGAAAUUUACAGCCACGUCAGGGAUAUGAACAGUGGCCAUCCAAGACGAUUUGAAGACGAUUGUUUUGUCAGAAUCGACCUCGGCCGUCCUUCUCUAGGUGGAGGUCUUGAGAAAUGAUGAUUGGUGGGCGGCCCCCUAUACAAUGUUAUUAUAAAUGGCAUCAACCACUGUAUGUUUAGGAAAGGCAGGAGGAAGAAAUUGGCUUCGCAUUCAAAAUCGAUCAAUGAUCGCCGUCUCCUCCUCCCCAUCGGCAACGACACUUUGCUUCAUAUAUGCAACAUCGGAACAAAAUCAACACUACGGUUCUUGCUGUGUGUUACUACGGUACUCUAUUCUGGUGCCCAAUGGUGCUUUGCAUUCGCUUUAUUUUGUUUUUACUUAUAUACCAUCUUGCUGUGAUGUGAUGAUGUUGAACCACCCUCUGAAGCGCGACAAUGUCGUUAGUUUUCGUAAACAUACGCUUUGCGGGGGCCCACCACAAGUAAAAAGCAUCCGUCGUCGUCGUCGUCGUACGAUGAUGUCUUGGUUUGGCAAAAAAGCACAUUCAGCACUUUCGUGUGACCGCCGCUCAUGGAUGUGUUAGUUAGUAAUGAAGGUUUGUCGAGCGACGAUCCCUUUCAACGCCGCUGCUCGCGGAAAAGACAAUCAGUCGGCGUUUGUCCGAGAAAAUGCGCGCUCUAUUAUGCUCUCGACGAGAUCUCGCAAAGUGAAUUGAACGGUUUCUUUAUUUUUGCCAAAGCAACGCACAACACCCCGCGGAUUGUGAAAUCGGACGUACCUACAAAACCCGUCGGUUUGAUCGAAUAUUUAACAAUUUUGCCACCGAAUUGAACGUAAAAUAAUAAAAACAUCCGCAGUAGAGCGAGCAAGUGCCGAAUCGGGUUCUCCCUCUUCUAUACACAACAAAGCAAAGCUUGUGCGCCCGGCUUCGUAGAUUAUUGCUGUGAUUGGUGUGUUUUGUUUGUGCUGAGUUUGUAAGAAAAAAGUGUGAUCGUUAUCAACAUGAAGGCGCCCACCGCUGUUGCUUUUGCUGCUGCCACCGCCGGUGCUGCUGCUACAUCCGAGUCAGCUGAACCGGCCGGCAUGAUGGAGAGAACUCUGGCAAUUGAGCCAAGUCUUAGUAGUAGUAAUCGUGCUAGUAAACGUACGAUUUCUUCCUCCUCCUCGUCUUCGGCGGCCUCCGACUCUUACUGUGUUUCGUUGGCUGUAGGACCGCUGUGGUGGUCCGAUGUCCCAACAAUCAGGACCGAUCACGAUAGGGCCUCUCCCUUGAAGGAAUACAAUCGCAAGGAUUCUUUCGAUUCGACAACGACCACCGCUUCUUCUGAGUACUAUGAUCUGGAUUUCCCCGAAUCGACCGUCGACUAUCUGAACCAACAGGAAGCUGCCGUAAUUCAGGAAGUGUUGAGCCAGUCAGCUCCAACACCCAUUACGCUGAAGCUCUUCGUAACACCGCAGAAGUGCAGCAGCUGGGAGACGGUCUUCAACCCAAUCGAAAACAUUCUGUACGUGUCGCUACCGUCAGCGAUGUCGCACGAAGCGUCGAAGCAUUCCUUCAUCUCUCUGCUUGAGUUUGCGGAAGAGAAGCUGGAAUGCGACGCGGUCGUGCUGUGCAUUCGCAAAGAUCGACUGGACCGCCCGAACCUCGUACGGACGUUUUCGUUUGUCGGCUUUCAGCCGCUCAGCCCGAAAUCUCCGCUAGCCCCACCGCACAUCGAGGAGCAGCAGAGAAACGAAUACCUCUUCAUGAUCUACAGCAUUGAGGAGUAGAAGCCGUUCGGGAAAAUCCAUUUCACCAUGAUCCGACACAACACCAUCCACAACAUCAACACAUCAUCAAGGAUCAUCUAGUAUCGCGGACGAAAGGCGCGCGUGGGUACUAUCGUAUCAAAAUGAAAUUCGUGUCCAUUGACCGGCGAGGAAAAGAGGACGAUCGAUCUGGAUGUGAGCAGCACCCAACAACAACAGCAACAUGAUUGCUCUUAAACGAUAAGGACGAAACUGACGGGCCGAGCUUCGAUUGGUGGCAGAGAUCGUUGCACUCCAAAUCGGUGCUGUUUGCGUUUGUCCGUUUUGGUACGAUCGUAUAGUUCACACGGUGUAGAGAAAAUGCAAUUUUUAACGAAACAAAACAAACAUAAUGCGCGAUAUCACCAUCGGCGAAUGUCAGCGAAACGCUUGAUGAGUGGUUUCUUCAGUGAAAUUUCCAUCCAUUCACCAAUUCUUACCAACUUAACGCAACUGGAACAGCAACUGGCAUAGGCAUAUUUCAUACGAAAGCCCAAGAGAAGAUAACAUUUCCCUUUUCGAAGAUUACAAUACCAGCUAGGCAAAACACGCAGCGCUCUUCACGGCGGUGAACGAGCGGUACGUGGAAGAUAUUUCAUAGCGUGUACACAUUACUACAUACUAUUACGGUACAACUACUAAUGGGAAGAGCAGCAAAGCAUAUAAAAGAAUGAAGAAAAAACAUCAUCAUCAAAAUCGGUAUCACGAUCUAACCCGUCGAAAUACUUGCGAUUUGUAAUUGUUUAAGAGAAAUGCUACUAUCUGGUAAAACAGCAACAACAACAAAAAUACUAGAAAAAACCAAAAAAAAAAACAUAAAAAGAGCUAGAAAAAAAACUAAAAAAAAAUCAAACUUAUUGUUUUUAACAACAAAUUGAUUUUUUUUUCUUUUGCAUAUCAUGAAGCAGCAUACACAAACCAAGAGUAAAUCAAGAGUUUCGGAGAGAAGAUUAACUACAACUAUCCACAAUGCAGAUGAAAGUAAACGAAAUUGUUACAAGCAACAAACAAAACUUCAGGAUAGGAAACAUGUUUUCAUGGAGGAAGAAAAAACGUUCAACACUACUAACGACAGGCAAGCUACAGGAAACGCCGCGAAAAUCGAGUAACGACGAAUCGACGAGAGAUUGAAGACUUCUUCUUUCGGUACGAGUGCCAAUGAAGUGUGGAGCGGAUAGAGCGUGCGAGGCGAAGAGUAAGGAUGGACCGGAAAGAUCUAGACUGUGAAAUGCUAUUCCCAUUUCGAGCCGAAAGGAGACUAGUUGGUUGAUUUCGUUUUGAUAUGUUAUGUUGUCAGUUUGAGUUGAUAGUAGCGCGCUUGGCGGAGGUUUUCUUUUUCUCAUCCUUUAAGCAUGUCUCGCCUUAGUUUCUGACAAACACACCCCCCGAACACAUAGAUUGCAACCAGUACUUACCGAUUUUUGCAAAUGCAUGUGCGCAUACACCGAUAUAAGGCACCGCAUCUUUCGCUAAUGGACGAAAGAUCAUAUUUCUUCUGGCACGUGUUUCCACAACAUUUAUUAGAUCUUAAGACACUUAUGUUAUACCUUUAAUGCAUAGUUUGUAAUUUUUUAAACCAUUUAUUUCUUUCUGAAUUUACUAAGAUUCCGCCACCGAUGAUGGUAUUGUAAUGCUUUAAUUUGUAUCAGACAUGUUCAACAGCUGUCCUGAGUUUGCGCCGAAAACAGCAUUCUCGAGCUUAUGUUUGCCGCCAGGUUUGUAGGCUAGAUGGUAGCCGGUGUUCAGACGCGAUUACUCGCUUCGAACCUGUGUUUCCUCAAAAUUAGGCGAGCUGAGGCCAAGGCAGUCGGAAACUGUUGAACGUCGAACGGCACGAAAACGGGAAUGUAUCUCAAAGCAAGUAGCGGGAAAAGAUAGCAAGCAUGAAUCAAAAAGGGCAAAAUCUUGCAUGGAGUGCAGGAGUAGUAGUAGUACGGAAAGGAAGCAGAAAGAUCUAACGAAUGGGUAGAAAAAAGAAAUUGUUGUUCUCGUUUACUUCUUUCCCAACCUUUAUACGUUGUUAAUGGGUUUUUGGGGAGGGCGAGCUUCGUGUUCGUCCCCCGCCACACAUAUAUACACAUUAUUCUUAUAACUAUUUUUAUCUAUCAGAACAAACAAACGAAAAAAACCUAUAUAAUACAGAGCUUUUCUUUAGAUGUACUUUAAAUUUCCAACCGAUUUGUUUAUCUCGUAUUUUGUUUCACCAUCUGUCUGAAAACAUUGUGCUUGAUAUAACAAUUCAUACGAAAUAAAAUUUGAAGUGAUUAUAAUUGUACAUGUUGUGUGUGGGCGUGCGCGUGUGCACACUGAUUUCGGGCUGAUUCUAGCUGCUGGAACGAAAAGCGCAAUGGAAAAUUAGAGGAAACAGCGUUUAACACAAACUUCUUUUAGGUUUUUAUUUUGAUACUUUUUCAAGCAAAUCAUUUAUCUGUUUCGGUUAGCAAAUAGCAAAUGCGCCCCAACAAACAUAGUUUCCCAUUAUACUAACUCCAACCAUA